CCUUCAAACGUCUUCAGCUGCAGGUAUGAAUCUUUUUAAGGAGAUCCUGCCUAGAGUAAGGAAUAUUCUCUCAAGCGCUACAGCUUCUGAUGACCAUGCAUUGCUUAACCUCAUGCUGAAAGAAGAUGUGAUAUCCAAGGAGUACCAUCAAAGCUUGCUCCAUGAAAAAGACAGAGAGGACCUUGCAAGGAAGAUAUCUCUGACAUUUGUGGAAAAAUGGGACCUGUAUUUGAACACUUUGGUUCCCCUCUGUUGUUUAAAACUGUGUGGCAAUAAGCCUCAAAACAUCACAGACAAUGAGCCAACAGGAAGCAAGUGCAUUUCUGACAGCAAGAGAGAAAUCAUGGAUUCAGCAUUUGUGUCUGAAAAUGGCUAUCUUGAUUUGCUGCACAGUGAUAUUGAUCCAUUGCAUCUGUAUACUCUCUUUGACCCUACGUCAUCUGGAAAUGAAGAAAGUGACUUCUCAGCAGAUCCUGAAAUGGAUACCAGCAACUAUGAUCAGUUCAAUAACAUGGAUUUCUUUUGUACAAUGGAAAAUGAUGAAAAUGGGGAUGAAUUGUAUCUGUGUUCCAACACCAGAGAAGCUUAUGCUAGAAUAGCUGAAUUAGCAGAAUAUGUGCUCAAAGAUCAGCAGGAGAAGCAGAUGGAAGACACUUUUGCAGGGAACCUUAUUUUGGAUGAAAUGGCUGCUGAAAACACUGAGAAAUUUACUGAUGUGAAGAUGCAGAAAUGUCACAAACGAACUUUCUUAGGCUCUGCAGAGAGUUGCUCUGAUGUUUCAGAACCCAAAUACAAGAAAAUUGGGUCUUCAACACAUUUGAUUCCAGAGUAUCUGCCUGUCAGUGUGAAAGGGAGCCAAGAGAAUACAAAUUUUGCAGCUCCUCCUCAGCAGAUAAUUAAUUUUCUUAUAGAAAAUGGCACAUCAAAUGUUAUAAUAUAUCCAGUGCUGACUUCUUCCACUGAAUCAUUGAUCCCCGCAAGUUUUCCAGUUAAUUUAUGUGGCUUAGAUGUGUUCAAAGAAGUGCAAGUUCCUGUCGUUCCCUCUGAAGAACCUUUCAAGAGACCAAGACCAGUGGAAGCUUUCUGUACAUCACUCAUGGAUUAUUUCCGAGACACGUGCAAAUUUGUGGCCAUGGAGCGUGAAGUAACUCUUGACCAUCUGUUUAUUGAUGGGACUCUUGUUCAAGGCCAAAUUGAAACCAAGAGUGGGAAGAAUAGUGUAAAAGUAAUGGAAAAGGAGCUGGUAACUUGUAAUCUGCAAGGGAAGGAAAAGGCAGCCCUUGAAAGAAGUCAAAUAUUUCAAAUCCCAGGAGGUAAAAAAUUAGAGACUAAAGUGAUUGUGGUGCUGGGAAAAAGCAUUUUUUUUCAGAAGAUCUGCCAGGACUGGUCCAAUGGAGAGUUUUCUCUUUUUGAAUUUGUCUUUUGGUUUGAGUGGAAACAAAUAAGCAUGCCUGAGAAGCGAUACAGCUUGAAGGAUCUGCUUCUUGAGUUUUUUGUAAAACCUCAAGAGGGAAGCAAUGAGGUCUUUGAAUACAUACUACAAAAUCCUGCUAAAGUCCUUCUGGUUUUUGAUGGUUUUGAAGGGCUACAUGAUAAUGAGAAUUUUCCUCGUUGCUCAGACAGUGAGCCUGACAAAGAGGUGUGCAGUAUAAAGGAGCUACUUUCAGGCCUCAUCCAAAGAAAGAUACUGAAUGGUUGUACUUUACUGCUUACAACAAGACCUAAAGACAAAGUGAGCCAGUAUGUGUCCAAAGUGGAUAAGACUAUUGAAAUAGUAGGAUUCUCCCCUCAGCAGAGGGAAUUAUACAUAACCAAAUAUUUUGAAGGAUUACCCUACUGUGAUAAUGCACUGAAAUUAAUCAAAGAUUGUCAGUACCUGUUCAGUCAUUGUUACAGCCCUGUUAUGUGUAGAUUUGUUUGUUUUCUCUGUGAGACAGUACUUGAAAUGGGUGACAAAGGCCUUCCUUCAACUCUCACUACCCUCUUCCUGAAAUUUGUUCAGCAAAAGCUAACACCUUUGCAAGGAGACCUUACACCCAUGCAAAAUCAAGAGAGUCUUGCUAGGCUAGCCCGUAUAGCCUGGUAUCUUGGAGAAAAGCACCAAAGUGCCAUGAAAAGUGAUCUUUUUCCUUCUAAGGAAGUUAAAGAAUUUGCUCUGAAAUAUGGAUUCGUCCUGCCGUUUGCAUUCCCCAAACAUUCAGAUACUGGAGAAGAAGAAUUUGGGAACACAUUCUCCAAUUUUGCCAUUCAGAAUUUCUUGGGUGCGCUUCAUCUUAUGUUAGCAGAAGAGAUCAAGGAUAAAAGUCUAACAAAGUACCUGUCUUUUCCAUCCAAGAAGAAAAAACCUUAUAACUGGUUAGACUUAGUGCCUCGAUUUUUGGCUGGAUUACUGUUCCUCCAGGAUGACCCCGACUUCUGCUCCUUUUCAAACAAGGAUGUAAAGCAAUCAACCAAAAAGCAGAAAACACUCUUGAAGUAUAUUAGAAGGCUGCAGAUAAAUGACCUCUGUCCAGAGAGGUUACUGGAGCUUUUCCAUUGUAUUUAUGAAACACAAAACAAUUAUCUUUUGCAGCAUGUGGCCUUAAGACUCAAGCCAGAUCUGUCUUUUCUGGGUGUUGUUCUUACACCACCUGAUGUCCAUGUGCUGCACUCUAUUUUAAAAAGGUCAAGAAAAGAGUUUUCCUUGGAUUUGCAAAACAGCAGCAUUGACAUGCAAGGGCUAAAAGACUUGAUUGGCCUAAAGAAUGUGGCAUCGUUCAGGGCUUCCCUCAGAGAUACAAUCAGGCUCUGGAAGUCUUUAGAACAGGCAAAAGAGUAUGAACUGCUGAGAAUGUCCACAGAGAAAUUUGUUCUUGAUCCCUUUAAGGCAAAGACAAUGAAGGACAUCAGUGACCUUUCUGACCUUGUAGAGAUGCAGAAGAUGAUGAUCAGUUGUGUGCAAGAUGUAUCUGGUUGGAACAGCUAUGAAAUUCCUGCCAUCAGAAACCUCAGAAAACUAGAAUUUGCGCUGGGUCAGGUGUGUGGCCUUCAGGGAUUCCUAAAACUUGUGGGAAUUCUUGCAGCGUUUCCAUCGCUUCAGCAUUUAGAGUGA